GACGAUAAAGAUUAGUUCAUAAGCUAUAUUUGGUGACUAACCGAUUUAACAAAUUCCCUCCAGAUUUUUUUUUCAUUUAUUGAUGUUUUUUACAUGUUUGGUUAUUAUUCUUUACAAAGGACAAAGUCCGGAAUAAAUACAAGAGAUUAAGAAAUGAUGGUCAGUCAUAUAACGACAACGAUUGGAUUAACAUUACUAGUGACGUCAUAUGGUGUGCAAGCUUAUUCAACCGGUGCGCCCGAUCUUAGUUGCGAGGAUAUGAUUCCCCUUGGACAUUCGUCACAGAUUCCGGACACUUCAAACAACUAUAAGUUUUCAGCGAAUGUUACCCGCUUGACGUAUUGCGUUGGUGAUGAAAUAUUUAUCAACAUAGGAUUACCCGCAGGUGACAACAGAACAUUUAAGGGAUUCUUAUGUCAGGCAAGGUCGUCACUAGACAUGUUUACGCCACUUGGAAAUCUGACGUCAAAUAAUACUUAUGCAACGAAACCAACAUGCAACACGACAGCGUCCGUAACACAUGCUUCGUCGGAUGCAAAAGGGAACAUUAGCCUGGUGUGGACACCAAAUGAGGGAAUGACGUCAACAGUUUCCAUAAAUUGUACAAUUGUGGUCGACUUUACAACCUUCGUGCAUGAUAUUACAACUAAGAACAUAUUUUAUGGCAACCAGCAAUGUCAAUCAGGUGAGCACAUAUAUCUUAUGUCAAUCAGCAAUGCCAGUCAGGUGAGAACAUAUAUGUUAUGGCAAUCAGCAAUGUCACUUAUACACACUGAUUUCAGGAUAAUUGCUCAGUAUUUGCUGUGUAUUUUUUGUGUCCAUAUAUAUUUAUGUAAUUUUAUUGUUUUAAAACUUUUAGAAAUAUUAAUUGAUAAUUCUGAAACUUUUACUCACCUCAAAACAGGAACACCGUUACCGCCAGUAUCGUCUUUAUCCUCAUCAACAACUCCGUCUUUCGAACAAAAUCUCACCACGACAGUAAAUUGGAAUGACUUUACAACAGACGUGGCAAAUAAUUUUACAACAGUGUCACCAACAUUAACAUCCUUUCUUACGCCAACUUUAGAUUGGGAUUUGACCACACCAGAUUUUUGUGAGUGUAAACAACCUGAAACUCCAGUAAAUGGUGAAGUUGUUGUAGCUGAUGGGGCGGCAGUGUUCACGUGCAAUGCUGGUCACGUUUUCGGGUUCCCGCCAAUAGAAGGAAAUCAAUACGAAGUGUUUUGUUUUUGUGGAGUUUGGUCUAACUUAACGAACGUAACUUGUGUGCCUAUAGAUUGUGGUGGAAAUUUUGCUCUCAAUAAUGGUAACGUUUAUUCUGGAGACGGUACAUCAUUUGGGGCAGCCAUUGUGUUUAUCUGCAACACGGGCUACGAACUGAUUGGUCCAAGAAGUGCUGUGUGUAUGGCUAAUGGGCUAUGGAGCAGUCUGAACUCCAUAUGUCGCAUUGUCGAGUGUAGUAGACCCGAAAUACCGGGAAAUGGGUCAAUAACAACCCCACAAACAAAUACAACAUUCGGCGCUGUAGUCACGUACGAGUGUAACACUGGUUUUGUGUUAGAUGGUCAUCAAAUUAUACGAUGCCUCAGCUCUGGUAUUUGGAGCGGCUCUACUCCUUUGUGUAUUCCAGUUAUUGAAGACAAAAUAUCUAAGCAAUGUGAAAGCGAGCGUGACUACAGAGGAACAUUAUGGGAGACGACGUCGCCUGGUGUUAUAGUGACAAAACCAUGUUUGAACGGAUACCAAGGAGAAAGUUCAAGAAAGUGCACGCUUCAGGGACAAUGGAUGCUGCCAGUUUAUAAUUGUGUAAGGGAAAGCAUUGAGGAGAUCACGAAACUGAUUGAAGGAGCAAAAGAAAAUCCAUCAGAGACAGUAGUAAAUACAGUUUUGUCUAACUUGACACAAGUCACAGAUACUGACGCAGACGACGUUCUGUAUGACGGAGAACUGAAACUAAUAACGGAAACGUUAGAAAAUGUAGUUGCUAUAAGCAACAAUAUUACUGUUAACGAUGACCAGAUACAGAACUUUAUAAAGACUGCAAGUAAUAUUGUUGACAAGAAAAAUGUUGAUUCGUGGAGAGCAGUUAACCAACAAACGGCGGAGGGUGCAAAUUUUAGGCCAGCCGAUGUACUUAGGGCAGUUGACGGAUACAGUAAAGUUGUUGCCAACUCCACAAGAAAUGACACAGUGAUAAAAGAGCCAAAUAUAUUAUUUCGAGUUACAAACAACGAUAAAGACAAUAUAAUGUUCCCGUCGCCGACGCUUGCUACUGAACUUAAAACAUUGUCUUUCUAUUUUCUGUCGAAUGUGUCUCUUGAUG